AUGGUUAAAAAGUUUGAUAAAAAGAAUGCCACCACUUAUAGCAUUGUACAUCGUGCUCAUGACGAUGCUCGAUUCUUUGAGGAUGAUGCUACUAAUGUUUUAGUGCCAACAGCACAGUCUCAGAAGCAAAAGUCUAGCUCCAAGAAGGUUUUUUCCAAGAACGAGCUUGAAGCUAGGUUAAGGGACCAGGUUAGAGACAAUGAAGGGUUGGCAGCGCAAUACGGGAUUACAUUUGAUGAUUCCAACUAUGAUUACAUGCAACACUUGAAACCCUUAGGAGAUGCAGAUGGUGUUUUCAUCCUGGCAAAAGAUCAGGAACAACAAAGGAGGCGGCAUCAGCAGCAGCAGAAAUUAGAUUUGGACACAUUAUUGAAGGAUCAACUACCUUCUUCGGAGAAGCGUAAAGUCACAAAAGACUUGAAUCAAAGUAUACCGGAUGAGUUGAGAGGUUUUAAUCCAAACAUGGAUCCUAGGCUAAGAGAGGUCCUUGAAGCAUUGGACGAUGAAGCGUACAUAGAGGAGAUUAAACAUAAAGGUGAUGCUACAGGGGAUAAUGAGAAUGAGGAAGACUAUGAUGAUGAUAUUUUUGCUGACUUGUUGAAAUCGGGACAAGCCGAGGAAGAUGAAUAUGAGUACAAUGACGAACAAGGGGAUUACGAUGACGACUAUGAUGAAUGGGAUUUGGACAAUUACGAAGACGAGUACAAUGCAAAGUACGAUGAACAUCCCGAGGAAAUAAUUGGCCAGGAGGGAGUAAAUGAAGAUUGGCAACGUGAUUUCAUGAAGUUUAAAAAAGAGAGUAAAAAUAAGGAGAACACUUGGGAUUCAGAUGAUGAGUUUGGUGAAGGAAGCGAAGAAGAAGAUGAGAUCGACAAUUUAGGAGCAUUACCGGAUAUGAAGUCUAAGCCUUCCAAAUCCAACACCAAAUUGAGGAGAAAGAAAGGUGCAAUGACCGACACAUCCUCGUUUUCGAUGUCCUCCUCUGCAUUGUUUAGAUCUGAAGGUCUUUCAGUGCUCGAUGACAGAUAUGAACAAAUGAAUAAGAACUACAAUCGUGGUGACACCAAAGAACUGGAGUACAAACCAUUUGAUAUGGAAAGUGAAAGGACGGAUUUUGCGAGCAUGGUUGAUGAUUUCUUGGACAAUUAUGAGUUAGAAAGUGGUGGAAGAAAGUUGACAAAAAAAGAUGCAGAGAAGACAAAGUUGCAACAAGCAGCUAGUUCAGUAUCCAGAGGUAAGGCCGGUAAGAAAUUGAAUUCCUCGUUCGCAGAGAUGAAGAUUAAUUAG